AUGUCCCGUCCUGCCGCGUCCACGUCAACCGCACCGCAUGCGCUCUGCACCUCUGCCGCGUCGGCCGCUGUCUGCUGUAUCUGUAUGGAGCGCGAGGAGAGCCACGCGACGCGUCUUGUCCAGUGCCGGCGCUGCGCCAUCUGCGUCCACGUCAAGUGCUACGGCGUGCGCCUCUCGAGCCCCGAGGCGCCCACGUGGCUCUGUCAAGCGUGCGCGUCCAUCACUGCUGCUACUCCAGCGCCCACACUACCGCCCCAGUGCGCCGUGUGUCCCAUUGCGGGCGGAGCUCUACGACGCACCAAUCAGCGCGACGUCUGGUGCCACGUGCUGUGCAUCAACUGGAUCCCGGAGCUCUUUCAUAGCCUCCAGGGCACAAUGGACGAAGCUGUGGACAUUUCGCUGCUGGACAAAAGCCGCAGUGCCCUGCGCUGCCUCAUCUGCGGCCUCCGUGGCGGCUGCAUCCAGUGCGUCAGUGGCCGCUGCGCCAAAGCUUUUCACGUCCUCUGUGCGUUUCGAUGUCCCUCGAGUCUCUUGUUUACAGGCUACACGGCCGACUUCCAGCAAGUCUAUCAUUGCAAGUUGCACCUCUCGGACGUCCCGACGUCGCUGCUGACGUCCAAGCACGAGCUCGUGGACACGUCGUGGCUGCAGCUGCCAGCAGUGCAAACUUAUGUCCAGGACCAUCCCGUAGCAAGUGACGGCAAGUGCCGCUUUUGCAGCACGAAAGUCGCGGCAGGGAACAAAGACGGACACGAGACGCAGUGUCUACUGGGAUGGCUGGCACGGCAGGAUGCACUGCAUCGGAAGCAGGAGAUGCAUCGUCUGGGACUAAAACCGGUUGAGAUUGUGUACCAGAAGAAGGACACGCUGCGUGCGGCGAGAAAAGGUGUCGGUAAGUCACGGAGGAAACGCAGUCCUCGCCAGUCGCAGCACGGCAAGCACCAACGACCUACAACGCCGGUGCGCGAGUGUCCUGAAUGUGGCGCUGCAGUGCGGGAGACGCUCAUGAUGGGGCAUUUGCGAAAAAACUGCUCCAAGAGUCGGCACGCGGCAACGCGCAAGAACAAUUUGGUGUCGCCGAGGAACCUUGUGUAUGGCGUCCGGGACGAUGCGGAGGCUGCAAACAUGUCGGGCGUGUUGUUUGCCUCGUGGCCAGGACAGAAUAGCGGGGCGCCAAUGGAUUCAGCGCACUUUUGGAAAGUAGUGGAGAAGCACUAUUUUAGCAGCAGUACGCUUGAGAAAAAGAGCAUCGAGCAAUUGUCAAAGAGUUUGUGCGGUGUGAAACUGGAGGAGUUUGCGACGGUCUUGCAUCGACGGCCGGUGCAACCGUCUGACAUGCACUGUCGAGACACGAUGCGAUUCGAGCGAGACACUGCCGCGUCGAAACAGCCUCUAGUGCUCAGGAAAGUUGCGCACAAGUGCGAUUUUGUCAUGCGUGCAAGCCACUGUCGCUGUCUGAGCGACUCUCUUGCCAAGCCGACGAUUGAAAUUGGCCAUAAUGUCGGGCGCAAGCAGCUAGACACUAAUCGAAGUGUUGAUUCCACAGAGAUACACGUCCCUGUAGACGGCAUUAACACAGACAUAAGCGUACUGUUUGGAGAUGGAUGCAAUGCAGUAGUUGCGUGCAAGUACUCGAUGCGCCUUGCGCGAGGAGAGACUACUACGGGCCAGCAAGCUGCCGAUAAGGAGAUGUUGGCGAUCAGUUUUCGGCAUGACUGUAUGUCCACGUUAGUUGGAUUCGACAUGCAGACGAACAAAGUGCCAUUGGCUAAGGGCAACAUGUUGCUGGUAUCUCUUGACGCUUGGACUCAGGUAGAAGAAACAAGACAAGUGGAGGGUCCCUCGCAAUGGACGUCGACUGUAACUCAUGCUGCUGAAACGACACUUACUGAUGAAUUGACACCGGCGAUCAAUGUGCUUAUCGAACACCUCAAGGAUACGACAGAAAAGAACCGGUACCGCAUUUGUACGCCAUACAUGAAGCUGCAAGAAAGUGAGGGUGACGAGAUAAGGUUUCAGGUGCUAGCACAGAUGACCGACAUGUACUAUCGCGAAUUUUCGGCGUGGAAACGCUUUUGUAUGAGCUUGCUAGUCGGUUAUAGUAGCAGUGAGUGCCACGAACAUGACGAUGAAAGGAUAGGCGCUGGUGAAGAAGCACACGAGUCUUCAGAAGACGAGAACGACACGAUCGAUGACGGCACCUGCGUCGUGUGCUUCGACGGCCAGUCGCCUGAAACAAACCCGAUUAUAUUCUGUGAUCGCUGCGAGCUGGCGGUGCAUCAGCGCUGUUAUGGGAUGGCCAAAGUUCCUAGCAAUGAAUUCAUUUGCGAUCGUUGUCUGGCUACGAAAGAUGGGCUGGAUCCCGCACGAGAUGUCUUUUGCCAGUUGUGUUCCUUGAACGACGGUGCGUUUAAGCGCACCAUUGACGGAAAGUGGGUUCACAUCGUAUGUGCGCUGUGGUGCCCGAAAGUAUGGAUCGGCAAUCUGUGUGAGCUGUCCGAAAUCAGCUUGGUUAGUACGACGAAUCAGGUUCGAUUUAUGAACUCGGUGGAAGAAAUUGAUAUGCGCAUCAAGCUGGCAUCGGGCGAGCAGCAUUCUACUCCAAAACAUGACGAACAGCCGGAAGUUCCUGCGGUAAAGUUAGGCGAUCUUUGCGUACACUGCAGAGUCGCUUGUGGUCGCACGAUUGCGUGUUGUCACCCAGGAUGUUCGACAUCCUUUCACCCUCUGUGUGGAUGGUAUGAUGGCUUGCCUAUGACAGUCUCACUUGCCAACAAUCGAUACGUGUAUGCCGGUGGCGGAGCGGGGCUUUACUUUCAGCUAUUUUGCCCGAAUCAUUUGCCAGAUCAUUAUCCUGCAUCAGAGCGGCUAUCAGAGCGUCGUCGGCGAGCGCGUUUUCGGAUCGAUUCGUUCUUCGUUCUGCUCAACAAAGACAAUUACAGAAGCGGUGCGAAGAAGAGUUCCGACGAUGAGUCGUCUUUGCUAUCUGGUUCGAUCGUGCAAGCGGUGUUAUCAGCUGAGAACAAGAUGACGGCGUCCGCAGAUGGCUCUCUUACGACAGAUUGGACCGACAUGGCGGUAUGCUCGGCGUGCUUCGAGUACUGUUCGCCUAUCGCAGAAGGGCUCGUGGACGUGAAUAUGCUACAUCGAAGGCAGUUUAUGAUACGUUGUCAGUACUGCAAUGUCCAUAUCCAUCCUGAGUGCUGCAUUUCGGACAUUGGGUCAUCCGCUACCAUAUUCAAAAGCAACUGGAUAUGCGAGCGUUGUACGCAAACAGGAGACAAGGAGGUGCCAGAGUGCAUUGUCUGCAACAAGGCGACCGACUAUAUGAUGCCUUGCAUCGAACCGCUUGCUUUAGCGAACCAUGUGAAUCCGCAAGCUUUUGUGGACCCAGCGCCAGCAUUCACAGCGAUGCGCUCGGGUUUGGGCGGAGGGCAGCAACUUUGGUUGCAAGCCCACCAGAAAAUGCAGCGGGAACAGCAAGGGCAGACUGAUGCAUGCGAUAGCAAGCAGCCUUUGCAGGUGCAGCGGCACGGAAGCAGCAAAGCAUCCAGUCCUCCUUCGAACCGAUGGAUGCACGUUUACUGUGGCAAGUGGCAGAAAGCAAAGACAGUGAAGAGGCAUCACAUGCUCUGCGCCUACGCUCCUGUAGUAACACAAGAGGGUAUUGCAACGCGAUGCGAGCUUUGCGAUGAAAAGGGAGGGAUGCUCGCAAACUGUGCGAAGUGUCAGCGCCGGUUUCAUCCGAUUUGCGCGGCACAGAAGAAGUUAUAUUGCGCACGAUCGAACCGUACCGAGUGGAAAUUCUAUUGCGAAGAUCAUCCUCCUCCAGAUGCAGCCUUUGAUAUAAAUCGCCAAACAUGGAUCACGCAAGCGAUACUAGGGCAGUUGCGAGACCUUCGUCGCUCGCUCGAGCGCGGGAGAAUGCUGCUGGAGAUGUCCCGUCAGCGAGAUCGCCAACAGAAACGGCUGCUUACUUUUUGCAAGCUACCGCUCAUGAAGGCAUCGAUAGAAGUGGUUUUGAAGAGGCGUCCGACCGCACCGAUGAAGGAAGUAUAUUAUGAUCUGACGGGAAACACGUUGACCGACGCACGACGUCGCGCUAAGGCAGUCCAAGUACCGCCACGCAAUUUGCAAAACCGCCCACGAAGCAGUCUGCGCGCUACGACUGGAGGUCGCUCCAUCCGCGCAAGCAAGCGUUCGGCUGUGCAUGCACCUGCAACUCCAGAGAGGAGUUCAAAGCGCCAGCGUGCACACUCAGGUUCCGAUGGCUUGAGCAUCAAUGAUCGCAACGCUGGGCGGCGGAUUGCCAACCAGAGGGACGUGAGGUAUCGAGAAGUAGACAGUAGCGAUGACGACGACGACGAAUUUGAACUGCAGCAGAAGGCGUGGGCGGAUCUUGCAGUACCCGAGGAAGUCGAUGAUUUUGAUUUCGUUGUCGCUGAGCUCUAUCCUGAACUCGUGGACUAA